GGCCCGUCAGUUGAAAGAAUAUAUAGGCAUAUAAACCCUAACACAUUAUAAUCGCGAAGCUAGGGUUUGCAUCUUUGCAGUGUGUAUAGGCAUCGGCUGCUGAGCAGAAGGAGCGAAGAGACCGCCGCACAACCUUCGUCGCCGUCACCAUGGGUCGUAUGCACAGUCGAGGUAAGGGUAUUUCCGCUUCUGCUCUGCCCUACAAAAGAACCCCGCCGAGUUGGCUCAAGAUCUCUUCUCAGGAUGUCGAAGAGAACAUCUGCAAGUUCGCCAAGAAGGGUCUGACUCCAUCCCAGAUUGGUGUCAUUCUCCGUGACUCUCAUGGUAUUGCUCAGGUCAGGAGUGUGACUGGCAGCAAGAUCCUCCGUAUUCUCAAGGCAAAUGGUAAAUUUUGGAACUUCUAUUUUGAUCAUAGAAGGGGAUUGUUCAUAUACUAGAUUGCCUGGUGUUUAGGAUGUAGUGGAUACUAUGAACAGUGAGCCCUUGGAUUAGUGUCACUAGUUAGUUGGUGUUUUAGAUUCAUUAGAGAUACGAAAGGGUAGCGAUGAGCAUGCCUGAAUGUAGCAGCUGUAUGUAGUUGUAGAAAAAAGUGGCAUCUUGUCAUAGUAGAUUGUCGUCCAGUGUUAUUGUAUUUUAUAGAUUGGUUGGGCUUUUGUUGACAUUUGGUUUCUCGUGCUUGUUUCGAUGCAGGGCUUGCCCCUGAAAUUCCUGAGGAUCUGUACCACCUCAUUAAGAAGGCUGUUGCCAUCAGGAAGCAUUUGGAAAGGAACAGGAAGGACAAGGACUCCAAGUUCCGCCUGAUUCUUGUUGAGAGCAGAAUUCACAGGCUUGCCCGUUACUACAAGAAGACAAAGAAGCUCCCCCCAGUCUGGAAGUACGAGUCGACCACUGCCAGCACUCUUGUGGCCUAGGCAACCCAUGUUUGCUCUCAAAGUUUUUGCUGAAGUGGUGCUUUCUAGUCAAGUGUUCUUCUAUCAGUGGAAGAGUAAUCUUGAGAGCCAUGAACUCCUUUUUUGGGUUUGAUGUUAGAGUGGGAUUUAGUUUGUCUUUUCGGUUGAAUGUAUCUUGUGGGUCCGAAGUUUUAGAGAACAUACUAUUAUCCAAAUCGCUUCUACUUUUUAAUCAUAUUGAGUUGUAGAACCAAUUGAAUUCUGCGCUUCUAGUUAAGUUGUUUGUGUGCUGUCCCAUUCUGUGCCAUUCUUUUCAAUCCUUCUGCGUCAUCCUAAUGGUAGAUGGUUCUUAUUCUCGUUGAUGGUUUAAUACGUUGGUUCAUGGUUAAUACUUCGAGUGGAUCAAGUGCAUAAUGCAAUGUUAGUCAAAUGCUGAAUGGAGAAUUUGUUGAAGUUCAUUCAUUAAU